UAUUUUGUUCCCGGCCAAUAUUGAUCAUAAGUUCUCUUCAUCAUCAUCAUCAACGGAGCAUGCCGUUCUGUUUAGUUGUUGUUAACGCUGACGAUGACGCUGCCGCAUCCACCGGCACUGACUGCUGCUGUCAUCUGUGGUCGUCACACAUUUUCUCAUUAUCGUUUGUGUACACUUUUUCCAGUGGAUAUUAACACGAUUAUAUCGAAGAAGGGUGUGACACAGUGCAGCGCAGUGCAAUAGAUUGGUGAAGUAUUAAAACGCGCCGGUACGGAAGUAUCUUUUUUGUUCGAUGGACAAAUUUACGCUGUCACCGCGCCAUAGAAAUUUUCCAUUUUGUGUGUGUUUUAAUGGUAUUUCAAGCGUAUAGUGUUUUGAAAGCAGCUUAUAUGUGAACUGGAAAACGAGCGCCAAAUUGCAAACACAAUGUGAAGAAAUCAAAUUAAAUACAAACCAAACAAGAAAAAAAAACACAAAAAUCAAUUAAAAUAGUGUCUCUGAAAAAGCAAUUUAACCCAAAUCGAUGCCAGUAUGCCGUUGAAAGCAAAACAUCAUAUUUCAGUUUAUUAUGGCGCACCAAAAGGCGUAAAUUAACAGAAAAUAAAAAAAAAUAUAUAUAAUAAUUCGGUCGGCUAUAAGUAAAAACAUUAAUAGUUAAAUUGUGAAAAAAGGGAAUAAUCAAUACAAAACCCUCUUUGAGUGAAAUUAGAAAUUAAUCAAAAAUCAUUUCCUUUAAAUGCCCAAGAAAAAAUUAUUAACAAAAUUUCAAAUAAAUAAAGCAUUGAAUAAAAUAAUUGUGUGAAUUGUGUGAAUUUGUUUUAAUAAAAAAGUGUUUUUUGAGAAAUUUGUGGAAAAAUACCAUGUCAUGUAUUGGAUGGAUGGCUUUACAUUUGACGACAAUCUCAUCAAUAGUUCAUUCCUGAGCGGCGACAGCAAUGGCGAAUUAAGUGACAAUAAUCACCGUCUAUCACGUACAGCGUCUACCAGCAGCAGCACAAGAAACAGAUUCAGAUCAUCAUCAUCAUCCAAUCGAAAAGUACAAAAUCUCAGGGGAUUAGCAUCGACAUCGAAAGCAAAACGGAGACGGCAUGCGCACUUCAAACUAAACAACAGAUUGGAUCGGAAGUCAUCGCGUGGCAUGGUCUAUGAAAAUGAAGAACUAAGAUUACGCACCAUCAACAUUAAUGCUGAAGUUGAAAGAGGUCAAUCUGAUAUCAAACGUCUGCGAAAGGAAAAUGAUCAUUUGCGACGAGAAAUUUGGUCAUUACGAGAUGAAUACGAUCGCCUCAACAAAAGAUUCAAAACGAAAUUCAUUGAAGCGGAUAAUGCAGCAUGCUGCAAUGCACGCUGCAGUCAGGGUGGUUGUUCCUGUCAAUGUAAUGAAGGCGGAGGUGGAGGAUGUGAUAUGGGACAUUCAAAAUGCAAUAGUGAGGAUUCCGAUUCAUGUCAUUCCUGCUGUUGUAACGACACCGAAGAGAUUGUGUGCACCGAUGACUGUUGCAACGAAACGAAAAAUGGAGCCUUGGCAUUGGGUCAACAGGAACAAUCACCGACUGACAGUAGUACCAAAUUAACGAUAACUGAAUGUGGGCAACCACCACCGCCUCCAUCGCAAACGCAUCCAGCACCUGCCCCACUACCAAGUAUUUUAACGAAUUUCGACCAUUUAUCUGUGGUAUCCGAAGAGACUCUCAGCAAUAGUGAUGUGUUGACAGUGAAUACCGAAAAUCUUUUGGUCUAUACACCGGAUAUAAGUGGUUCGCAGACUACACUGCCCAGUUUGGUUGGGCCUUUGACACCUUUAACACCCAUUGAAUUGGUGGCCAAUGAGCUGAAUGAUAUACAGGCCAAGGUGCCACCUUUAUCGUAUUUUGAGAAUGUCUUGCAACAGCACAUGAGUUCAAAUUUCAGUAGCACACCCGGUACAUCUUCGUCCAACAGUGGCAAGACUGUGAUUCGUCAUACCAAUGGCUGGGAUUAUAAUAUUCAAUCGCCCUUUUCUCAAAAACGCUAUCCAGCGAAUUCCAUAUCGCCCAUAUUGCAACAACGUUCAGCAGCACAAACAUUAAGCACAUUUGUACCUACCACUACGGUGACACCGCCACCGCCGGCACCACCAGGGAAUUCCAGUGAGAAAACGCCACUCAAAAGUAAAUCCGAAUUUCCCGGACCAGCCAACACAAGUCAAGUGUUGCCGCUGAUAGAGACAGUGCCCAUAACCACAAUGCCCAUCAACAAUGGCUGUGGUGGAGCAUAUCACAGCAGUACCAACUCCAAUGCAAACGAUGCAAAUGGCAAUGGCCAACUAGGAAAACCAAAGCAUUUCUUUGCCCCCAUUAAACCAAAAUUAAAACUGAACACCGCUUUGGCCAAUCAAAGGAGAAUGCCCCCGCCGCCACCACCAGUGGCGGCACCAUCCACUAAGGCUGCCUUCACAAAUGGCAUUAUGGGAAAUGAGGCCCCCGCUAAAUGUGAACCACCUGACAUUUACGUUACCAAUGGCUUGGCUACUCCCUAUAAGCAUCCGGUGAAGCCCACAGUGCAACCUCCACCCAUACCACAACGUAUCACAUCAAAUGCCACAUCAGCACAAGUAAGUUUGUCGCCGCCACGACAAAGGCGCAAAUCAAGGCAAUAUCAAUCAAGUCACAACCAACAGCAGCAGCAGCAGCAACAACGCUUCCAUCAGCCUCAUCCCAACCACUUGCAUUGUUGCGAACACACACCUCACUACCAGCAUCAGUUUCAUGGCUGCACCAUCAACCAUGAGACCAAUGCUAAUAAUGAAGUCUAUGUUGCAGCAACACAGGCAACAGCAGCUACUGAUUUCGAACUAACACCCACUACCUGCACCGCCACCACUCUAUGCUUUAUGGCCCCAGCCAUCCUUCCACGAUGGAGGACCACACUAACAAAUGCUUUGCUUGCUCCUAACAUUUUGUGCAAUUCAUUAAAAGUAACAAUAACCGCCACAGACACUCUGGCCGAAGCGUCGGCGACAUUAACCGAUCCAUGUGCCCCAUCGCUAGCCGCCGCGUUUAAAUUUGUAAGUCCCCAAAUAAAUGUGAGCAAACGCAGUGGACCCGUGUAUGCAAUCGCACAAAAUGUUUGCCACAACUUAAUAAUUGCUCCUGCUGUUAGGCAACCUUUGAUGUCGUCCAUUGUCAAGUGUUGUCCAUCCACAAUGGGAACUCCCAAAAGGUUCACGGGCCGAACAGCGGCAAGUCCAGCAGUGGUUGAACCACCCACACUUGCACAGCCAGCAACAGUUUCUAACAUUAGUUGUAUUCCAUGCAAUCUGGACUCGCAUGCCUCAUGCUGUGCUUCCAUAAAUUCUCUUCCAGAGCCUUCAUCAUCAUCAUCAUCGCCAACUUCUGUAGUGCUGGUGACCGCAUCAACAAAUUGUUCACUUGUGGACUCAGUGUGUCAGACCGAUUCAGCAAACUUGGAGGCCAUAUUAAAUGACAUCGAAGCCAUAUCGGAGGAUAUAUUGGCCAUACAAUUAGAAAAGUCUAAAUCUCGAGAUAAUCUCGAUUGUAAAACGACGACGGAAGUAAAAGCCAAAGCAAAUGCCCCACUCAAGCAGACUAACAAAAAUUCCAAACCUUACAGAUCGGAAAUGAAUCUGCUUCUGACCUACGAUGGAGAUAAUCCCACUAUAGUACAGGCUUACCCGGCAAAGCAUAACAAAAGUACAACUGAGAAUGGUGUAGAAAAUGGGACCGCAAGAAGAACGAGAUCAUUGGAAAGGGAACACACAGAUAGUCCUUCACCUAAUAUACCAGAUCCUAUGCAACCUUUUCCGGAAAAUCGUAAAUAUAUAGGCUUUGAUCAUUUAAAUAGAGCAGUAGCAGCAGCAGCUGUGGCAUCCUCAACUGCAGCACCACUACCAGUAACAACUGCUAUGGAAUCGCCAAAAAUUGCUGUUACAGCUACCGCAACUCAAACAUCGCCUGUGGUGGCCACACCGCUCAGCCAUAGAACGCAUUUACCUUUAUCACCAUUGGUAACCAAUGUGAAUAUGCCCAUGCAAAGCAAUGGAAAACCUAUGCCUCCAGCCCCUCCAGCCAGAUCAUUUCCUUCACCACUGAAUAUUAAGUGUGCCGGCAUUCAAAGGAGUUCUUCCGUAACGUACAAGCCCAAUGCAAUGCAAUCACCAACCGGUUCGCCAAUUCUGGGCGGUGUACAUCCCAAUAAAAGUCAAUUAUUUUCUGCUAUAGCUAAUGCGGCUGCAAAAAGGUCACAGUUUCGAUCUCAACCUACACAUAUGACAAGAUCGCUGGACACGGAUUGUCUGCUAGAAACGACAAAUGAGAAUACCAUACAGAGCGAAAAGGAGGAAAAGGAGAUCACCGAAUUUGCAAAACGAAAAGCAAGACGGGUCUCCAUAGUUUGUGCCGAUACCGACAGUCCUGGGACGCCGGAUAAGCCAACACCAUCGGUGCGUACCAUGCAAUCACAAAAUUCCAUUACAGCUAGCUGUUCGGAUCUGCCCACUGUUAUGCCAAAUCCUGCUUUACGUAACUUCAAACAGCCCAGUCUGAGUACACCGAAUUCACCACAUUCCUCACGUAAACAUGAGGGUUCUCCCUUAAAUACGUCAGUACAACAGCAACAGCAACAACAACAACAACACCAACAGACACCAACGCCUCCAAUCAUCUCCAUAACACCAACAACCCCUCAGCACCAGCAUGGAAGAGCCUUACACGGCAGCAGCAAUGGAUUACCACAUCAUCAUUCGCAUAGCAUUAGCUAUCCAAAUGCGGUGGCCUCCACGUCAACAAUUCAGCAACAGCGAAAAAAUAGUCAAGACACUAUAAAGGCGAGUGCAGCCGAAAUUGCAUGUGCCGCUGCCAAUGCGGUGCGUUCCAAAUGCUCGCGACGCCACUCCGAGGGCACCGUCUCCCAUACAAAUCAGCGCAGUAGUGGUGCGAGUGGCGGCACUAAUGGGGGUCACCAUCACGGCCAUCACAAUCAUCAUCAUCAUCAGCACAGCUCAUCGCUUGUAAGCAAUAGCAAUCCCCAUCACAGCCAUCAUUCGCAUCAGGAUAGCAAUCAUGAGACGGUGGCCUCGUGCUCAGAUCGCAACUCCAACAGUUUAGCCUCGUCGCGUGAGUCAUCUGCAAGUUUUAGUAUGCGCUCGACUAGGCGGAAGCUGUCGGUUAGUUCGAAUACGGGUGGCAAGAUUCCAUGGUGCGGUUGUUGGGGAAACGGAUGUUUGUGAACAAUAUGAAUGAAGUAUAUGCCAACUUGCUGAAGAGGAGAACAACAA